AUGUUGGAGAAAACGCUACAAAUAAUCUGUGGAAAGGCUCAAGACGAGCCCAAAGAAAAGAAUAAGAUUGAGGUUACCAAGAUCAAAGGGACAAUAAAGUUGAUGAAGAAGAAUGUCUUGGACUUGAAUGAUGCGGGUGCCUCGUUUCUUGACCGGGUGUAUGAGCUCUUUGGCAAACGUGUCUCACUUCAGCUCAUCAGCGCCGUUCAUGGCGACCCAGCAAAUGGAUUAAAAGGGGAGCUUGGAAAAGCAGCAUUCCUGGAGAACUGGGUUUCAACACUCACUUCUGUAUCGGCCAAAGACGCUACAUUCAACAUCUUAUUUGAGUGGGAUGAAUCCAUGGGUGUUCCUGGGGCUUUCAUCAUAAAAAAUUUCCAUCACAGUCAGUUUUACCUUAAGACAGUAACCCUAGAAGACGUUCCCGGACAUGGUCAAAUCCACUUCAUUUGUAAUUCUUGGGUUUACCCACAACAUCGUUACAAAUACAAUCGUGUCUUCUUUGCAAACAAGACCUACCUGCCAUGUAACACUCCAGAACCACUACGCCUUUAUAGAGAAGAAGAACUCAUUAAUCUUCGUGGAAAUGGAUCGGGAAAGCUCAAUGAGUGGGACAGAGUCUAUGACUAUGCAUACUACAAUGAUUUGGGAAGUCCAGACAAAGGCAAAGAGUAUGAACGUCCUGUGCUUGGUGGAUCAGAGAAGUUUCCAUACCCCCGAAGAGGAAGAACAGGUCGUGCACCCACAAAAAAAGAUCCUAACAGUGAAAGCAGAUUGCCACUUCUUAAUCUAGACAUAUACGUUCCACGGGAUGAACGAUUCAAUAACGUAAAGUUUUCAGAUUUCCUUGCUUAUGCUUUCAAAUCUAUAGGUCAGGUAUUGGUCUCAGAGAUCAGUUCACUUGACACAAGUCCUAACGAGUUUAACGAUUUCCAAGCGGUACUAAAGCUCUAUGAAGGUGGGGUUAAGCUACCAAAUGGGCAGACACUAAACAAACUCAGGGAACGCAUCCCAUGGGAGAUGCUUAAGGAAUUCCUACGUAACGAUGGGGAGCGACCAUUCAAACUCCCAAUGCCUGAUGUAAUCAGAGAGGAUAAGUCUGCCUGGAGGACAGAUGAAGAAUUUGGACGGGAAAUGCUUGCUGGAGUAAACCCUGUCAUCAUUCGUCGCCUGCAGGAGUUUCCACCUGCCAGCAAGCUUGACCCUGAAGAAUAUGGAAAUCAAACCAGUACAAUCAAAAGGGAGCACAUAGAGAAGAACAUGAAUGGGCUCCCUGUGGAUGAAGCACUUGAGAAUAACAAGCUCUUCAUAUUAGAUCAUCAUGAUGCACUGAUGCCUUACCUGCAAGACAUUAACUCGACUACCACAAAGACUUAUGCCAGCCGAACGAUCCUAUUACUCCAAAACAAUGGGACAUUGAAGCCACUGGCAAUUGAGUUGAGCUUACCACAUCCACAAGGAGUCAAAUAUGGAGUCACCAGCCAAGUCUUCACUCCAGCAGAGCAUCGACUUGAAGGUUCAGUAUGGCAGCUAGCCAAAGCUUAUGCUGCUGUAAAUGAUUCUGGCUAUCAUCAGCUCAUUAGCCACUGGUUAAAUACCCAUGCAGUAAUAGAACCGUUUGUGAUUGCAACAAACAGACAAUUAAGCGUGCUUCACCCAAUUUAUAAGCUUCUUCAUCCCCAUUUCCGUGAUACAAUGCAUAUAAAUGCCUUGGGUCGGCAAACCCUCAUCAAUGCAGGUGGGGUAAUGGAGAUGACAGUCUUUCCAACAAAAUUUUCCAUGGAAAUGUCUUCUUUUAUAUACAAGAACUGGGUUUUCACAGACCAGGCACUACCUACUGAUCUGCUCAAACGAGGAGUGGCAGUUCCAGACUCAAGCCAGCCACAUGGGCUCAAACUUCUAAUAGAAGAUUAUCCUUAUGCAGAUUAUCCCUAUGCAGUUGAUGGGCUUGAAAUCUGGUCUGCAAUCAAAAGCUGGGUCACAGAGUAUUGCUCUUUCUAUUAUCCUGUGGAUGACAUGGUCAAAAGUGACCCUGAACUCCAAUCCUGGUGGACAGAGCUACGUGAUGUGGGCCAUGGUGACAAGAAAGAUGAACCAUGGUGGCCUAAGAUGCAGACGAGAGAUGAACUCGUCCAAACCUGCAACAUUAUCAUAUGGGUGGCUUCUGCUCUACAUGCAGCUGUCAAUUUUGGGCAAUAUCCUUAUGCUGGCUACCUUCCAAACCGUCCAACCAUAAGCCGUCGUUUCAUGCUUGAGCCAGGCACUCCCGAGUAUGCUGAGCUUGCGUCAAAUCCUGAAAGGGCCUUCCUGAAAACAAUCACAAGUCAAUUCCAAUCACUAUUGGGUGUGGCUCUGAUAGAGAUUUUGUCCCGGCAUUCUUCAGAUGAGAUCUAUCUUGGGCAGAGAGACACUCCUGAAUGGACUUCUGAAGCUCAACCACGAGAGGCAUUUGAGCGAUUUGGAAGAAAUCUGGUAGAAAUCGAAGGUAGAAUAUUGGAUAGAAACAUGGACGAGAGAUGGAAGAACAGAGUCGGGCCUGUCAAAGUGCCUUACACCUUGCUCUAUCCUAGCACAUCAGAUACCAGUAAAGUUGGAGGACUUACCGGCAAGGGAAUUCCGAACAGUGUCUCAAUAUGAAGCUAUAAAAUGAAAUGGUUAGAGAGUAUUUUGAGGCCGUGAAAAUUGGAGAAUGUUGUACCACACAAGAAAAAGACUACCAACUGGGUUUUUGUAUCCUCCAGUUUUAAAUUUAUUUUCCAAAAUCAUACUAGAGGCAGCUAUAGAUGCAGACAUGUUCCCCAAUUAAACAAGUGGAAUAAAUGAUGG